UUUUCGUGAGUUUAAAUUUUACAAUUAUGUGUCACAUGGAGAAUUUUCUCUUUACUCGUCAAUAUUGCGUUUAUUCGAUAAUUUCGUCAACCCCUUUCGUGUAACCCCGUCAUUAUGCGCAGACGUUUAAUGCACGCAAGCGCGCUUUACACUUUCUGCUCUUACCACAGAAAGGGAAACUACCUAUCAACACAUCUGUCCAGUUAUGUUAUAACGUUUAGUCUCGCUUAACCAUCUGUCAUUUGUAAACCCCGAAACGCUACAUUAACGGAAACUCUUUAACUCUAAAAAUAAUAUAAACUCAAAAUUUUCGGUCGAGAAUUCAAUUAUUUGUGAAAAAAAAGAAAAAACAUUGAGUGAAACUAAUAAUGAAAAGCUCAUCAACGACGAGCAAACACGUUAACGAUUUCAAUUACGCCGUACAAGUGACUCGCAUUAUUCUGCGAUCAAUCGGUGCGUGGCCGAGUCCCAAUAACGCUUCCAACAUGGAAAGAAUUGCGACCCGUUUCCAAAACGUAAUUUGUCAUUUUUUAUUCGGAUUCAUCAUUAUGCCGAGUCUUCUACGAGUAUUUCUAAAGGAACACGAAUUCAAACGUAGAGUCAGACUGCUCGCGCCGAUUGUGAAUUGUUCGAUGGGUUGGAUGAAGUAUUUCCUGAUUCUGAACCACGCAAAGGAGAUUCAAUCUUGCCUGAAUCAGGCGCAUCAGGAUUGGAAUGAUGCGGUCGAUGAAAGCGAUCGGAAAGCGAUGCUGUCUACAGCGAGAGUAGGCCGAAAGUUCGCAAUUUUUUCUGCCGUCUUCAUGUAUACCGGUGGAGUAGGGUAUCGAAUACUCAUACCACUUUCGAAGGGUCGUAUGCUCACACCAGAGAACAUCACGGUGAGAGCGCUGGCAUUGCCGAGUUACUUCAUUAAGUUCGAUGGACAAGUGUCACCAGCGUACGAGAUCGUCUUUACUCUGCAAGCCUUCGCAGGAGUACUUACCUAUUCAACAAGAGUCGGUGCGGCCGGCUUGGCCGCAUUUUUUAUCAUGCACGUUUGUGGACAAUUAAGCAUUAUAAUGGGCAAACUGCAGAAUCUCAACAACAUAUCGAAUUCUAACGAUCGAGCUGUCGCGAUAUUGUUGGCUGAUAUUGUACAGCAUCAAAUAAAAGUGAAAAGUUUUCUAGCACAAGUAGAGGCAACUAUGCGAUAUGUAUGGUUAGUGGAAAUAAUGGGCUCUAGUUUACUUUUAUGCCUUUCAGGCUAUUAUAUUAUUAUGGAAUGGCAGAAUAAUGAUUCAACAGCUAUGUUAACUAUGUCUGUGAUGCUUACAUCUUUCAUCUUUUCCAUUUUUACCUACUGUUAUGUGGGUCAACGAUUAACGGAUCAGAGCAUCAAGGUUGGAUUAAUGACGUCCACGACAAACUGGUAUCAUCUUCAGUACAAAAGAGCCCGUUGUUUAAUACUGAUAAUGGCAGUUUCCAAUAUUCCGGCAAAAAUUUCGGCAGGCAGAAUGAUAGACAUAUCUCUACCUACAUUCAGUAACGUACAGCGUGCAGGUGCACAAAUUGAUCAUGGGAGUGAUCGGUAUGUGGCCGAAUGUGAACAAAUCUGGAAAAUGGACGAAACUCCUCAGAGGACCCCGGAGAUUACGAGAUCGUAUUUUCAAUCGUAUUUGGUGACAGACGUCGUAAUACACAUCAUAUCAACUAGCAUCUGCGGCAUCACGUCGUUAUUCAUCAUGCACGGUUGCGGAUAAUUCAAAAUGUUGAUCGUCUGGCUGGAGAACUUGCACAAGAAAUGAUUGAAACGCGCUUGCUCGAAAAUUGACA